AUGCCGCACUCGUUAUCACCUGUCGGCUCUCCAGAACGAAAGGACGAGGAAACGGCAGAUGCCCCCGUAGCGCCUGCCCCGGCCGGAGGUGUCAAAUUGGAGGAUAUGUUUGACGGAGACGACGAUGAGUUCCCGGCUUCCAGUGCGCAGGAUGUGAAGAUGCAGUCUUCUCCGGCUCCGACGCCAUUAGAGCCUGCGCCUGCGCCGAUUGGUGUUGACACCGAUGUGAUGCUCAUGUUCUACCAACGUCUUUUCCCGUUCCGAUAUCUCUUCCAGUGGCUGAAUCAUGGGAUUGUGCCUACCCGAGACUUUGGCAACCGAGAGUUUGCUCUAACUCUCCAGAACGACGCGUACCUCCGAUACCAAUCCUACCCACCGCAGACCUCUGAUUCACUUCUCCAUAGUUUUCGAAAGGAUAUUCUUAAGAUGAAUCCAUCUCGUUUCGAAAUCGGCCCGGUAUACAGCACAAAUCCCCGGGACCGCAAAACACUCCGAGGCGGCCAGAUGAAGCCAGUGUCCAAAGAACUGGUCUUCGAUAUCGAUAUGACGGACUACGACGACAUUCGAACAUGCUGUCAGAAGGCGAACAUUUGCCAUAAAUGUUGGGCGUUUGUCACAAUGGCAAUCAAGAUCAUUGAUACCUCACUACGUGAAGACUUCGGAUUCGAACAUAUUCUUUGGGUGUAUCUCCGGGCGAUCGCGGGAUACCUCGAAAUUCUCCGCGGAGGCUCGUCAAGCGGAAAAAAGGUGAACCUGAAGCGGCCGCUCCACCCACAUGUUACGCGGAGCCUCGACCAACUCAAGAACCAUUUCGCUCAGACUACCUUGAUCGACCAAAAUACUUUUGCCAGUACUGAGCAAGUCGAACGACUCCUCUCAUUACUCCCAGACAAGUCUCUGAACGAGGCUUUACGGAAGAAAUGGGAAUCAUCCCCAGACCGCCCCAGUACUAGCAAGUGGGCAGAUAUCGAUGCCUUGGCCAAGACUGGAAAGAGUAGUACUCUGAAGCCCGCAACUCUCCGAGACGCGAAGCAAGACAUUGUUCUCGAGUAUACCUACCCCCGCCUGGAUGCCGAGGUCAGCAAGAAAAUGAUUCACUUGUUAAAAAGUCCCUUUGUUAUUCACCCGGGCACUGGCCGAGUCUGUGUACCCAUCGACCCCAAAAAGGCCGACGAGUUCGACCCUCUUGCCGUGCCUACCGUGAUAGAACUUCUCGCGGAGAUUGAUGCUUAUGACGCGAAACAUCCUCCUGGCACACAGGAGGUCGAGAUGCCCGAUGUGGAGGGAAGCGCGAUGAACUCAGAUGCCAAGAGUACUCGCAAGCUGCAGGAUUACGAAAAGACCCGUUUGAAGCCAUACGUCGAUCACUUCCGUUCUUUCAUUGCUGGUUUGCUCAAGGAAGAGCGGGUGGCUAAGCGGGAACGUGAAGAGACCGGGCCGGCUGUGAAGGCUGAUCCGAUGGAAUUUUGA